CAAGCGAGCAGUCAGUCCUCUUGCACAAAGUUGGCCGAGGAGCGCCUUAAAAUUCGGCUAUUUCUUUCCACACGGCGCCACCUGCACGGAGGACACAACGAGACAUCUUUAUUUCACCAGAGAGGACAGCACUUGUGAAUGAACCGCGUGUUUUUUUUUUUUGUUUGAUUUUUUUGGUGUGAAGACGACACGACCCGCCUUUGUGUUAACGUAUAUGGCGUACUAAUGACAGUCAUUCAACAUAAAUCAAAGUGAAAACACAAUAUUUGUGUUAUUUGUGAAGCCGUUCGUGAUUACAUCACCCGGCUAGUAUUCAGUGGGCGGGCUCUGAGCUAUGAGGGGAGAGGGGCGCAGCCGGAGAGCAGCCAUUAGCCACUAAUGUCGCAGUGACAGACAUAACAAACCGUUUCUCUCAUUGUACAAUUAUUUGGGAUGGCGACUCGAUACCAAUAUUCAGUCACAGUGUGUGUUAGUUGAAAAUGCCCGUCUUUCAAUGAUAUUUCCCCUUCAUUUCGAUGCGAUUCCCACCGUCCGCGAUAGAAACAAGAUGGCGCCCGUGUCUUGUUUGAGUGCAGGGCGGGGGCGCACAAGCGUGCGCGCUCUCGAUAGUUACUUCCGGUGUGUUUCUUAUUGCAGCCACCAAAAUUUGUUAUUCGCAUUAUAGCGCUUCAGAAUGAGCUUUAUUCGCCAUGUGUACUACCAUCGCUGUUACAAGUACAACUACAGAAAGUAAGUUUACACAUGAGAAGAAGAUACUACGACGAUACAUAUUUACAUAGAAUGAUUAGAAUAAGUUGGUAUUUGCAGUCUUAUGCCCAGAUUUUGAUGCAUUUUCACUUCCAAUUAUUGUAUUUUGAGCGAGAUUACGUACAUAUUUACAUCUACCAAUGUGCUGUAUACACUUAACACCAAAGCAUUAUUCAAGAUCGAACAUACUGUACUGCAUAUACAAAACAUGCACUGGACGUUAGCAGAAAGUCCCCAACAAGCAUUAUUUGCCCCAUGACCCCAUCUAGUGGAUGCUACUAAAACAACCACCUAUUGACGUUUUCAUUUCAAGAUAAUAGACCACAACAUAAAGAACUCCAUUGUUGGCUAUGCUAGCAAAGAAACGAGCACAUAGCAUGAAGUAAAAUAAUGAAAAAAAGCGUCAAUAUAUAUAUUAGAUUUACUGGAAUCACGUAUAAGCCUAAAAAUAAAAUACCGAAUACAUCAGUAAUAAACAUAUAUGAAUAUUACACGGAACGAUUGUAUUUUAAAAUAGUCAAUUAUGUCAUAUCGAUACGCUAAGUACUCCUAGACAUUGUGUCCAAACAAUGAUAUUGCCAUUCAGCCAAUCAGCGCACAGGUUACAGCCACAGUCACCAACCUCAUCCAAUCAGAGAUGUCUAUGUUGAAGUACCCGUCUGUUGACCCGAGGAGAAGCUGAACGACCAUGUCUUCUUUUGGAAGGGUCUUGGGGGUCCUUCGGGGGACCACACAGCUCCUUAGAAGCGGCCGACAAAGAAUAAUGAGCAGAAAGGCAAGCGGCGGCCCACACAUCGAGCCACAAUACAGGCAAUAUCCUCAGAUCACCAAGAAACAGAAGCUGGAGUCGGAGCUAAUCAGUGGUGCUAUGUGGUUCUGGAUCCUGUGGCACAUGUGGCACGACCCUGAUGCUGUACUGGGUCACUUUCCAUGGCCUGAUGCCUCUGCAUGGACAGACGAGGAGCUGGGAAUCCCAGCAGAUGACGAGGAAUAAGACCUUCAGGAGUGAAGCUGCUUCAAUCAAAUAUUCUAAAGUCAUGGUUGUACAUAGCAAAUAAAAUAUCUUCUAAGUAAGUAUA